AAAAAACCUAAAUCAGAAAUUGGUAACAGUGAUAAUUCGAAAGAUCCUGAAUUAGAAGUUAGUAAUAUGAAAGAUCCUGAAUUAGAAAAUGAAAAGGAGCCUAAUACAAUAUGUUAUGAUCAGUUUGAAAAACCAUAUAGAAAACUGGAUGGGGCAUUAGCAAUUCCGUAUGAUCUUAAUAAUAUUAAGAAUUUUGGAAAUAUUGAAGAAGAGAUUUUAUCUCGCGCUGAUCAUUAUGACUUAAAAGCUAAUAGAGCCAUUACUGCAUUUGUAGCUAGAAUAAAAUAUAAAAAAAAUAUUCAACUAUGUGUUUAUCAUAAAUCUAAUAAAGCAAAUAAAAGAAUUCAUACACUUGAAACUGAACCGGAUAUGAUUAAUAUAUUAGAUGAUGUUAAAAAAAGAAUCUAUGAAAAUCUUCCAACUUGUAAUAUACACGUUCAAGGCUGUUUAAUUUCUGAAGAUGGCUGA